AUGAACUCGACUUCAACGCGAUUCAGUCCUGUCAAGGACGGGCGUCGAAUCCUCGGAGAGAAAGAUUCCAACGCGUGUCUGUCACCCGCCACACACAAAAAACCCUCAUUCCCCGUCAUUGGAACACCCGUUAAGCGGGCAUCAAUUGCAACCUCACCCAAGAAACUCCUCCCUUCUCCGAUAUUUGCAGGUCAUAAACGGACAAGAGACCAGGUAGAUGAGACGGAAGAGAACAUCGGAUACAUGCAGUCGCGGGAUUCUUCCCCGCAGCCCAGCCAAUCCGCGGUCAAUGAUGAUAUGCAACGCCAGGUCACCAGAACUCCCGACGCGAUGGACUCUCAUAUCCCAACACCACUAAACUCGCAACCCGAACGCGACGAAACACACGAUCAAAUGGAAACCGACUCUUUCAAUGCCCCCAGCACACCUGAAGAAGAGAUUCGUAGCGUUCCAGCGGACUCUGACGCGCGUAAAAUGUUCAUUCAAGAAAAAGCAAGCCUCCUCCGCUCAAGACUACAAAACGCGAUGCGCAACGUGACAGACCACCAAUUCGACCGCCGGGUCUCCGAACUAGAAGCACACAGUCGCAAAUGCCCGCGCCUCUCCCUCUCCGUUCUCUCCACACCACCCCUCUCAUCCCGCAAACACUUCACAUCCUUCCCACCUUCCUCAUCUCAAAUGCAGACCCCACGAGUUGGCACCGCCGGAUUCACGUCUACUCCCUUCCAGAGCACCCCCGAUCUCCCAGGCCGCCCGUCACCACUGUCUUCCAGCAUCGUCCAACCCCGCACACAGAAACACGCGCAGCGAACACCGCCUAGGAAUCUUGGAUCCCCAAUGCAGCUAAGCAGUCCCCCGGCUACGGUGAUCCGCCAUGGCCAAGAGCGGAGCAUGGGCCCCAGGGCCGAGUUCAUGGCGGGCGACAUGUCUCCUUCGCAGCGGGGGGACGCGGUGGACGGGUUACUUAAACUUAUGAGUACGGCCGGGAACCAGAGCUCGGAUUCGUGGACUGGAUGA